AUGUCUGAAAUUCGAACAUUACGUGAUCGUCUUGGUAUAACAGAACAUGAAGUUGAUAAAGAUUUAUUUGGAAUAUCAAAUAUUUCUGUUAAUGAAUUAUCAAGUCUUAAUCGACAAGUUGUUCCACAUAAUUCAACAAGUUUUGAUAAUCCAAAUGAAUCUUUAAUAGAUGAAAUUCAUCAUUUAAAAGAACGUAUUGAUGAAUUUGCAUCGAAUGAAAAAAAUCUUAUUCAAAUUAAUGAAGAAUUACAACAACAAAUUCAUGAAUUAACACAUAAAGAUAAUGAUAAAGAUGGAACAAUUAUUACAAAUAGUAUACAUAUGGAACAAAUAAAUAGUUUAACAAAAGAAACUGAACAACUUAAAAAAGAUUAUUAUGAUUUACAAGAAAAAUAUAAUUAUGAUAAACAUGAAUUACAUUCAAUUAUUGAACAAUUACGUGAAGAUAUUGUUGAUUUAGAUAAAACAAAACAACUUUAUAUAGGUAUAAACAUUCGAAUCUUCUCACAACAGUGCCUUGAAGAAUAUCCCUACCUUCCGGUAUGA